CCUCCAUAUCUGCCUAUGAUUGCAGUGACCUCCGCCCUUUGCCACUGUCCACUUAUCUAAGGUAUAAAGAAGUCAAAAUGAUGUAUUUAUUCUCGAUCCUGCACUCAUUAGUGUGGUCUCACUGAAGUAGAUAACAUCACAUUGUGCUUUCUACAAUAUGCACACUAAACGUGAAUGAAGUGAUUUUUGUCUCUUAUUGUUCAAAGGUCACCAGUUUCUGUAUAACAAAAUACAGUGAUACUUGUAAACAAUAACACCAAUUUAGUGUAUUUUGAUAAGAAUAUUUAAACUUUGGUCUUUCUAUGAAAGAUGGAGCUGGUAUCGUUUGCGAAGGAAGUCUUGCAGAAUGUAGCGGAACACGCGGCCAGCUAUCGCCUGGGACAGACCGCGCUGCGGCACUGCGACCGCGUGCUGUGGGUCUUGGAGAAGUGUGCGCGGUGGGCCGUGCCGCCUCCAUUGGACCAAGAUGAGAGACCACAGCCUGAGCUGGUGCGGCCUCUGCCCUGGGUGUUUUUCCUCAUGCUGCUCGUCACGCUACGCAUCACGAGGGAGUCCAUAUCACUGGUCAACCUCGUCAUGGGAAAACCACCUUUAAGAUCUGCAGAUGUGGUAACGUACAUCCAGAGCAAGCGCCGCUACUUACGCACACUCAAGUACCAGGGCGGCCGCCUCUCCCGCGCGCGCGCCGCCGCCCCUCCGCCCCGCGCGUGGGGCGAACGGCUGCAUUCGCUCUUUGAGUUCACCAUGUGCUUCCGUCGCUCACACAACUAUGGGAACAAUAACACUACGAGUGUCAGCAACAAUGAGGAGGUUUUGGUAGUAAAGCGCAGCAAACGCGCGCGCCAGUCGUCCAGCCCCGCGGCGUCGGCCAACGAGAGCACCAUGGAGCGCCUACUCGAAAAGAUGAUGGUGGACCUUGCUGCUGACUCCGACGACGACUCCAGUUUCACGUUAACCAACGUCACGAGCAUCAGGAGCGACGGCUCCGAAACCACCGACUCUGACCAAGACACCGUUAUGGACCGUUGUCCAUCGACAACGGACAACGACAGCCCUUCCAAAAAGACCUCCGAGCACCAGACCAACGCCGAAAUUAACUUCUCGCCCAACAAAAGCGGCAUAUCCACCCCAGAGCGAUCCGAAAGCCCCGUCAAAACAAACCUCAAAAGUGACCUAUCGGAAAAAGAUGAAACCACAACCGAAGACGCCCAAGAAAAAACCAACACUACAGAAGAAGCCGAAAUAGCGACAGAAGACAUCGCCCUCCAGACCCCUGAAAGCAGAACGUUAUCAUCCCCCAAAGAAGAAACACAGAUGCUCCUACAAUCCGAGUUAUCACCAAGCGCGCAGUCUCCUAAGACCGAGCGGAGUGUCGGUACGAAACCAUUGCAGAAUCGGUCUUUUAUAGCAUUCACUAAGAAUAUUUUCAAACACAAACACGCGAAAUCACCAACCGGGGUCAACGGUGAGAGGCGGGAUUCCGGCGCGUCUGUUGCGAAAGCUAAGUCCACUGAUAAAACCAUGUGAAGAUAAAGAAUCCAAAAGCAGUCAUGUAAUGGAGUCAAGAGCAAAAAUCAAGAACAAGCAAUAUUAGAAUACGCCUGUCACUUUGUAUCUUUAAUUAUUACGCAAUCUCCUUGAUUUUUUAAGGUGACCAACUAAUGUUAAAUAAUUACAGGCUUUGUACAUUCAUAGGCAGUCGCUUUAUUUCACAAAAUGUCGGUGCUUAAUUUAAUGUGAACAUCACGCAAAUGAGAUGUUUUUCAAAACGGCGAUUGUUAGUUGAUGUGAUUGUAUCGGAACAAAUAGGAGGUAUGCACGUGGCGCAUCGUGAUUUAUUUUCGGAUUUCGUGAUCUUUACAAUUUAUAAUUUUUUUAUAUCGUCUUUUCUGUAGGUUUACUUUUAUGAGUUGAAAACACGUAGCUAAACAUAAAACUCUGUAACAUAAUAUCAGUGUAAAACCUUGUAAUACUGACUUGCACAUUAACAUGAUCGUGCAGUUUGUUAGUUCUUCUUAUUUAUUACUUUGUGGUGUAUGAUGAGGCGAUAACUUCUUACGAAAUUGAAAGUAAUACAUAUUUAAAUUGUUAAUUAUUAUAAUGACACUUUUUUGGGCGAGACCCCGAUAUUUCGGCGCAGUUGCUGGUUGGUGUUUAUUGGCAGACAAAAUGGUCUAAUGCUCUAUUUUAUUUUUAUUAUUUCUAUUUUAUUUCAAAAUCAAGUUUCUUGUGUUCACGUGCACACCGUUGUAAAUGGAUAAGACUGCGCGACGUCGAAAAUAAUUUAUUUUAAGAAUUAGGUAUGCAAUUGUAAUGUUUAGUUUUUUACUUUAGUCUUAGAAUCUCUAUAAGGAAAUUUUAAAAUAAGCGACAAUGUAAUUUUAAGAAAGUGAAAAAGCAAUUUUAACCCGCCCAGUUUAAAGAAUUUAAUUAGAUUUUUCAUUUGUAAAUUUUGGUGUCGUAGAUCUGUGCAUUUAAUAUUGGUACUGCGGGCGAACUCGUAUAAUUUCUAUUUAGUGUGUAAGUUUUUAUAAUUAUUAUUUUCGCGUGAUUUUUAUUUAUUCUUAAUCAUUUUACUUUUUUAUAAUUUGAAUAACUUAUCAAUUGACAAACUUGUGUAACUGCAAUAACAAACAUUUUGUAAAUUAUUACAAACGUGCGAAAAAUGAGUAUAAUUGAAUGAAGUUCUGUAAAUUCAUCUUGCGUCAUAGCAUGAACGUAGCCAUCAGCUAUUGGUUGUUACGGCAGCAGUAAUGUCGUGGUAUGUUUCAAUUCGUCUGUAGCGUCAGUAAAGAAUAGCAAAACGAAUUAUUGCAGUUACAUAAAUGUCCAGUACAUUCCCCACUGAAGGUGCAAUACUCAUUCGGGAUUAGUGAGAUUAGAUAAUUCUGAUUUAAUCAAAAUUACAAAACGUAAUUGUUGAAUCAAAACUAUAAUAUCCAAAGAUUUGGCUGUGUGCAUCUGAUUUGUCGAACAGAAGACUGAAAAUUCAACUGUUCCUAUUGUAUGUAAUUGUAUGUAACUCGUGUCCUAAAUUAUCAUAGCUAAUAAAAUAUUUUAAAUAAUUGUAAUUAAAUUUUGGAAUUGUUUAUGAAUGUUUUGUUAAAAAUAUACACAUUUAUAAUCUUAUAAA